GGGCGGGGCAAGCAGCAGGCGUCGCCCCGCCGGCCAAGUUAGUGCGCGCCCCGCCCGGCGCCGUCCGGGUCCCCGCGCCCUCCCGGCCGGGGCGCGCCGCCCGUGGCUCGGUGCGGUCCGAGCUGCACGGGAAAGCUUGCAGAACGAACGGAGAGCCGCGCGUGCGGCGGAGGUGAUGACUGCGGCGGCAUGGAGUUCCCGGAGCACGGCGUACGGCUGCUGGGCCGCCUGAGGCAGCAGCGCGAGCUGGGGUUCCUGUGCGACUGCACUGUCCUGGUGGGCGACGCGCGCUUCCCUGCGCACCGUGCUGUUCUGGCCGCGUGCAGUGUCUACUUCCAUCUCUUCUACAGGGAUCAGCCCGCGAGCAGCCGUGACACAGUGCGGCUCAACGGCGACAUCGUCACGGUACCCGCCUUCAGCCGCCUGCUGGACUUCAUGUACGAGGGCCGCCUGGACCUGCACAGCCUACCUGUCGAAGACGUCCUGGCUGCCGCCAGCUACUUACACAUGUAUGACAUCGUCAAGGUCUGCAAAGGCAGGCUCAGAAAGAAGGACCCAGAUCUGGAGACCCGUACGCUGGGGACAGAGCUUCCUGGGCAGCCACCACACCCCCUGCCUUCCUGGUCCCCUGCCUUCUGCCAAUCUACACCGAAGGCCAAACCCUCAUCUCUAGGGGUCAAGGCUGCCCAUCCCCUGCCAACAUUUGGACCUCCAUCUUGGCAGGUUGCAGAGGAGUCAAGUGGGGCCCUGGACCUGUCACUGAAGCCUAGCCCAAGACCGGAACAGGUCCACCCACCCUGUCUCCUCCAGACAUCCCUCUGCAGCUCCAUACAGCAAGGGGCCCAGCCUCUGGUGAAGGCUGAGCAGGAUUCGUUCUCAGAACAAGAUAGCAGCAGCCCGCAGAGCGCGGACAGAUCACCACCAGUCUGUGCUUCUGCAGCCCAAGGCCUGGCAGUGGAUGUGGAGCCACUGCACAUCCAAGGGCCAGGCAGCCAGCAGCUCGGGCUGCAUGCAGAGCCGGUGGUGGACAGCGAAGAGCUGGCUCCCAGCAGGCACCUUUGCGUCUGCCCGCUGUGCUGCAAGCUGUUCCCCAGCACCCACGCGCUGCAGCUGCAUCUCAGCGCCCACUUCCGGGAGCGGGACAGCGUCCGGACCAGGCUCUCCCCCGAGGGGGCCGUGCCCACGUGCCCCCUCUGCAGCAAGACCUUCUCCUGCACGUACACACUGAAGAGGCACGAACGGACACACUCUGGGGAGAAGCCCUAUACAUGCGUGCAGUGCGGCAAGAGCUUCCAGUACUCACACAACUUAAGCCGGCAUGCCGUGGUGCACACGCGGGAGAAGCCCCAUGCCUGCCGCUGGUGUGAGCGCCGAUUCACACAGUCUGGUGACCUGUACCGCCAUGUCCGCAAGUUCCACUAUGGCCUGGUCAAGCCCUUGCUUGUGUGAAGUGUUUUUCUGUAUCCCCAAGGUGGAGGAAGAGAAGGGGCAGGGUCUCCUGGGUGGGACUCAGGGACGGAGGAAGAAGCGCAGGCUGGUGGUAGCCCUAGCCCAAGGCUAGAAGGUUGCACCAGCCGACCAGAAUGAAUGAUGCUGCUUCUUGGAUGGGUUGCCUCCUCCUCCCCCUCAGUCCACCUUGCCCCUGAGGUUGUCCCCUGUCCAGUUAGGGGCACUUUCUUCCUCACUGUCCUCUCUAGCAAGGUUCUAGAGUGCCUGGCCCGCCCAUUCCCUGGGCCACCAGUGUGAGAAAACACAGUUUUCCUCUGUCCUGGGGCUUCCCUGACCACCCUGCUGGGAUGCUUGAGAGUGUCCUUGUGUGCCUAAUGCUGUGAUAGAAUGACACACUUGUCAAGAAAGUCAUUAAUGCAAGUGUCUAACGGUGCACUGAGCGAGCAGGCCAUUCCUGGUGAGUGACUGCAGGAGCCCCUGUUGAGAAGGCCUCAGGCACAACAAGUACCAGCAGGGGCCAUGGAGACCCAGCUGGCCUUUCUCAGGAGGCAUAGCUCCAGGGGGGACCCCGGGCAUCAUGAGGAGGGCGGCUGAAGCAGUGCUUCCCGGAGUGGCUGUCACUGGGGUGGAACUUUGGGCAAAGAAGGGGAAUUCGGAAACGGAUUCUCUUUCUCUCAGAAGCCACCAUGUGUCUGCUAGUAGUCAAAGACCAUGCAAGUGACCCCUGCAGGCUUCGUGGGGCUGGGGAUGGCAGAUUGUGCCUUUCGUGUUGAAGCCGAGGCUGUGUCCCAGCAGGCCUGACCCUGGGGGUCACUCUCCUGCUUUCUAAGGGUCUCCCUGGAGCUGUAGUUAUUCUCAGGCUCCAAACACAAGGCCAGAGCUCGUCUGGCCUGACAGGAGGGGCAUGGGUCGGGCAGCCGUCCCAGGGAGAAGGGAGGCAGAUUGUCCUCCGUCAUCUGCAGCCCUGGAAGGAAGGCUGGUGCCUUGGAGUGUGAAGGACUUUGUCCCCUGCCGUGGAUAUGGGCCACCUUGCUUUGACGACCUGCACCCCAAGCAAGCCUUGGUCAUUUCAGGAGGGAGGUGGAGCAGGAUGGGGUGGCCUCAGCAAGUGGUAGAGCUGCCUGAAGCCACCUGCCCUCUCCUCAGCAGGCCUGUCUGCUCAUUGCGAGGGGCCCGGGGUACAGAGUCGGGCAAGUCUAAGUCACUGUCUUCUGCUAACACUUGAUGUAUUUAUUUGUUUGCUUGGUCUGGAGUGAAGUGGCAGUUGGUCUCCCCAAGUGGACAGAUCCCCUGUUCGUCUCCUAACCGUCUCUGUGCUCCCCUAAUCUGUCCACGGCUGGCCUGGGAAGUUGGUGCCGGUCAGUGAUGCUCCAAAACCGGAAGCCCAGGCCCAGGACAGGCUGCAGUGCAGACCUGGAGAAGAGGCAGUGCUGUCCUGGUUUCCAACUCCACCUCUGGAAAGGCUGGUGGGACCCCGUGACUUACAAUUCGAGCGAUCGCUCGCUCACUCCCUCAUUCCACGUGUGUGUGUGUGUGUGUGUGUGUGUGUGUGUGUAGUACUACACAUGCGCAGGCAGAACACCCCUGUGUUGUUGGUUUUUCCUCUAGUGCUUGCUUUCCCAGGGCAGGGAGCCUACCCUGAGUCAACACUGGACUCGUUGUCUUUGGUGCACAGUUACUGUGAAAUUAACAAAGAGUAGUGCGUGACUGGUCAUAUAUUGGUGACCAGCGUGGUUCAGUUGCGUGUAUGUAUGUGUCAGAUAUGCUACCUGCGUGGAGAGCACAGGACAGGCGCAGAAGGAGUCCAGGUGCUUUCUGCUGUGUGGGGUCCCCAGGCCAACCCGGCUACUGUUCCUGCCUGUGGUCUCACUGCUGCUCAGCCCCUGGAGGGACCUCUGGGAAGUGACUCUACAGGGCAGUUUUUCCUAGGUUUGGCUGGGAUGUUUGCACAGUCCUGCUUGCCCCAGCUGCACCUAGGAACGUGCGCCGUCUUCCUGUUCUGCACAUUCUGUAGGUCAUGACGGCAGAGGAAUAAAGCCAACUGCCGGUGAA